AUGGACUCCUACAGGGAAGACAUCAAGCUGGUUGCCGAGCGGAUCAACUACACCUUUAUGGACUUCGAGCACACGAACCUUGUGUCGGCUGGGGAAAUGACGGGCCAGCUGGAGAAGGUGGUUGCUGUGCCGCCGCUGACCAGUGUCACUCGCUUCCCCUGGAAGGUGAUGAUGCAUGGUCUCAUAGUGUGGCUUGACCCCGAUGGCUGGGAGCGGCGCGACAUCAUCAUGCGAGAGAAGAUCCGGAAGAAGAAGUUUCCGAAGAAGAAGGCGGCCUUCGGCCCUGAGAAGGCCAUGGAGUUCGGCUUCAAUCGACCCAAGGAGAUCGAUGCGGCUGACCCCAUCGACAUGUGGCAGGAGGCAGAUGUCCACGUGGACCUGCAGUCUCGAAGCGACAUGCCUGUAGCAGACCACAUCAUGGCUGCCGUGAUCGACGCGAUCCUGCGCAGCCCGCCCAAGUGGCGAAGUUGGAUGAAGGCAGGCAAAGUCCGAGGGACCAUCCCCACGGACUACGAGACGCCCUACCAGGUGCGGCGCGAGUUCCACUCCUACGGCAUGUCUCCACGUUUGAACAAGCUGCUGAAGGCUUGA